AUGUAUUCUGACUUCAGUGUUUUCUUAUUUGUUAUAUUCAUCUUUUUACCAAGACAAUCUAUUCAAGAGAAUUCUGAUCAGGUACAUCUUUUUCGCAAGAUACGUUCUAUUUCAUCCUUUGAUAUUGAUCAAGCUGAUAAUUCAACAAGCGAUGGUUCGACAAACUUCUUUCAAAAUGAACCUAUUCCACUUCCAUCAUCACUUGUCGAUGAUCUCACAACUCUGGCAUCGGCUGUUUAUAUUAUAUCAUUUAUUAUUGUAAUUUUUCUUCUACUUGCAUGGAUUACACAUUAUAAUGCACCGUGUUCGUCACUUAUUACGUCGGCUUUAAGUAAAAUUACAGGUUUACCUGAAUCAAUUGUUCAUUCAGUUGCUUUAUGUGGUGCUUGUUGUGUAUUGUGCGAGAAAACAUGGCUAUUUCGUCGUAUUCAUCAAUUUAACAUAUGGAUGUCAAAUAAAAUCACACAAUUCCUAUCUGGCACAUGCAAAGUCUUAUAUGAUACAAUCUGUCCAUGUUGUCGGCCGCCAGAUACACCCUCGAACCGAUCCAUUAUCGGAUCAUUGCCAGCUAGCAUCAUCGCAAUGAUACAUGUGUCAGAUAUUUCUCUUCUAACACCAUCUAGACCGACAGUUACAGUUGUAGAACCAAUUCCUGUUUCAUCGAACCCUAUCACUGUUGAGCCUCGAUUGGAAAAUCAGAAGCCCUCAUCAUCAAGCGCAACUCCUCCAGAAUCAAAUGUUGUUAUUCAUGAAAUAGAUGCCAAUAAACUAAAACGAACCAACAGCUCCAACCAGUCGUAUAGAAAAACUCCCAGAAAAUAA